AAUUUCUAGUAACCAGUCAGUGUCUCAGUGAAUGAUUCGGCUCCAGGUGCCGAGACUCUUCUAGAUACUUUAGUAUAAUUGAAACAUGACAUGAGGAGUAGUUCAGUGGUCAUAUGACCCAGUAUCAUCCAUACCAUUGUUGUAACAACUACUUUUAAGUCUCUCUUUCCCCCUCUCAUCUUACACCCAACUUGAAUAUCAUUCAAAAAGGAAUUCACAUCCCACCCACUAUUGGAAGAGAAGCCACCUAUCGUAUUUCCAGAAGAUCAUGUACUCUAGUUGGUUGGGGUCUCUACACUGGCCAAUCCAUGGUUAUGCAGGCAUGAGCAAUCGAUGACUUCACCAACCGUUCCAAUGCCUCAGCUCCCUACAUUACCACUUACCUGGAUGCGGGUGCAUCAUUGCUCUAUACCCGCAGAUCCUUAGUAUUCCCUUAAAUCUAACCUUACCCUUGUCCUGCUAAUCCUGGAGGUGCAUGUCCUACCCAUGACGUCACCUCAUCUUCGAGGAAUUUCCGCAUUUUGAUUACUCUUGACGCGAAUUAUUACUUCCUCUUUCUUUCUCCUCCACGCAAAGGCCUCCCAGAUUAUACCAAUAUAGCACACCAUGGUCGCACUUUGGCAUAAGAAAAAGGACGACCCCGACAGGGAGGAAUCACAGAAUAGGGAUGAGGAAGGGUCUUCCAGAAACUAUCAUGAACCUCAGUAUCGAGAGCCAGAUGAGCGCACAAGACUCCUACCUCACGAUAAUACCGCUUAUCUGAGACCAGAUGAUCCUGCAGUCUCUCCGUACAACCUCUGGAGCGUUCGAGCUCUGCGAGCCCUCUCGUCACUUUUCCUCGUGAUAAGCUUUAUAUGGUGGGCCUUCUUACUCGUCUCCAUCUUUGUCAGCCCGCCCAUGAUGCAUACCCGAGGGUCCGGCUUCUUCAGCUUCGCCUACACCUCGUUAACAGUCGGCUACCUGAUAAUCGCGCUCCUUUUCUUCUCCGUACCGUCGAAGCCGAUGACGAUAUGCGGCGCGAUCCUAUUUGUCUUCCUCUUGGUUGAUAUGUGCAUUAUACUGGGCGUAGCUCAUAUCCGUGUCGAAGAAGGUUGGGUGGGCAUCGCCUCAGUCGUCUGGGCAACAUUCAUCUCAAUCUAUGCCAUUGGACAGAACCACUACGUCGCUUGGGGCAAAAAGGAAGAGGAAGAGCGCCUGACAGGUCGCGAAGAGACGCGUCGCCCCCUCCGAGAAUGGCUGGCCGUACUGAUCGCCACCAUCAUCAUGGUCGUUCUCGCUAUCGUUUCCAUUCUCUUCACCGCAACGUUGAUCAUCCGCAUCCAAGACUCCUCCCUUGCUGCGCCAGGCAAGAAGUACUACGUCAAUGGCAACCACUACCAAGUCCAUCUAAACUGCGUCGGCAACCCAGGUCGCAAAACCGAAGAUGGAGACCGCAUUCCCACGGUCCUAUUGGAAGGUAAUCACGGACCAGUCGAACACACUUUGCAACCAUUUAUUGAUGAUGCGUACCGCAACGGCUCCAUCGAACGCUACUGCUACUGGGACCGACCAGGAUACGCCUGGUCCGACAACGCGCCGUCCCCUUACUCCGCAGGCAUGGCAGCCGACUCACUGUCCGAGGCGCUCGCUCUCGCCAGCGAAGAAGGCCCUUGGGUCCUGGUCUCGGCCGGAGUAGGCGGCAUCCACAGUCGCAUUUUUGCCAGCCGCCAUCUCCUCGAGGUAGACGGGAUCAUGCUCAUCGACACCCUGCACGAAGAUUACCUGGACAGCCUGGGCUCACCGGGACGAGGCUUCAUCCUCUGGAUUCGGGGUGUACUCUCUCCUCUAGGUCUCGACCGACUCGCUGGAGCCAUCUUCAAGGGCCGGACACGGGAGGACCGCGUCAUCGGUCGCAGCGCCUAUCAAACCGCGAAGGUCAUCCGGGCCAAGUUGCAGGAGAAUCUGGUAGCCAAGUCCAUGACUGCCUCGGAAAUCCAGACCGCACGACAUGUGCAGAUGCCCGACACGCCGUUGACGGUCAUCAGUUCUGGUGUGGAAGUCCGCAAGAGUGAGAAGUGGAGGAAGGCCCAGGAGGAAUUGACGAAAGUGACGAAGAAUCUCAAGAACUGGGAUAUUGUUCGCGGGGCACCACAUGAGGUGUGGAGAUCGGCUGAGGGCCGUUCGAUCGUGGAGAAAAGACUGAAGCAGAUGGUCAAGGGUAAGGGGAAGAAGUAAUUUGUCCCUUUUUCCCUUGGGGAUUGUUGUGUCUUUCCUUUUUACCUUUUCAGGCCAUUUCGUUUCAUAUCUAUUUUUUAUUACUAUUCUCUGUUCGAUUUAUUCUGGUUUCAUUCUUUUAUGUUACCCCUUUCUGGUUGGCGUUGCUUGGAACCCUCAUGUGUGGUAGGUUAAAUUUUACGGUCCAUUGUGGUGUAAUUCACAUAAUAUAGUCUACUUCACAAUGCGAUGUUUCUAGGUACCUUAACUGUAGGUGUAUCUCACAUUCUGAGAUCAGUGUGGUAAUCCGCACAAACU